AUGCGUGCAGCAAUAUCGGUUGAAACUCAAGUUGCUCUUACUCUGUACUACCUAUCUGAUGAAGGAAGAAUGCGAAAGACAGCGAAUGCGUUUGGUAUUGGUAAGAGCACAGUUUUGGUAGUUGUUAAGCGAGUGUGUAAAGCAAUUUGUGAUAAUCUUGGACCCAGGUUGAUAUCUUUGCCCAUGACUAUCGAUAGAGUUAAUGAAAUGACCACAAAAUUCGAGAGCAGUCACGGUUUCCCUCAAUGUUUAGGGGCUGUGGAUGGAACGCAUGUUGAUAUAAAAUGCCCAAAAGACAACGCAAGUGAUUUCAUUAAUCGAAAAGGACGCUAUUCUAUUAAUGUUCAGGCAUUUGUGGAUUACAGGUAUUGCUUUUUUGAUGUAGUCGUGCGUUGGCCUGGGAGUGUGCAUGAUGCACGAAUUUGGGGGAAUUCUGUUUUCAAUGACCAGUUAAGGGCAGGUGCAAUCCCACCUAAUUCGAAAGUGAUUGUUUCAGGAGAAACACCAGUGCCAGUGUGUUUGUUAGGUGACCCUGCUUAUCCACUUCUCCCAUAUCUUAUGAAAGAAUAUGCAGCUGGAGGAAGUAAUCCUCAGGAAGAGUUUUAUUCAUACCGAUUAUCUUCGGCUAGGAUGGUAGUUGAAUGUGCUUUUGGUAGACUCAAGGGCCGCUUUGGGAUACUGAAGAAACAGAUGGACACAAAAUUAGAUGACACAUUGCUUAUAAUAUAUGCCUGUUUUAUCUUGCAAAAUUUUUGUGAACAUAACAAAGAAACAUUAUCUAAUGAUAUAACUCAAACAGUAAAUCAAGAACAAAACCAACAGCAACCUCUAACUAUAGUUGAUGCACACGCCAGCACUAGCAAUGAUAUGGGAGGAAAACGAAAUCGAAAAAUAUUUACGAAGUACUUUGAAUAAAGGCACCAAAAACAUUCUUCCUACAUCAAACUAUACCAUAGCUAUAGUUUUAAUAUUUGUUUUGGAUAACCUGGUGUACAGUAC